CCCACAAGUAUGAGACCUUUUCUUCUUUGUCUGUGUGUACUUGAAUCUCUGUUCCGUGCCUCGACUCAGUGCACCGUCCCAGCCUCAGAGUUUCAGCAGGAAGGAGAUUAUUUGAUAGGUGGACUUUUUGAUAUUCAUCAUGUCAGCGCCCAUGUUUAUCACAACAGACCAGAAACAUUCAACUGCUCCAGUAAACCCUUCAUUCCGUCAAGUUAUCGGAGGUUUCAGUUGAUGAGAUUCGCUGUAGCGGAAAUCAAUAACUCUACCAACCUACUGCCAAAUGUGUCUCUUGGCUAUGAGAUAUUUGACCACUGCUCCGAAAACCAGAAUUUCCCAGGGAUUUUCAACCUCGUCUCAGUCAAUGGCUCGAUCCAACCUUGGGGCGACUCGCACAAAGUGACCAAAGUGAUCGCAGUGGUCGGCCCCUUCUCAAGCACUGAGGCGUUGACUGUAGCCCCGCUAUUCAUGAUGGAUCUCAUUCCCAUGGUCAGUUAUGGAGCUGCUAAAUCUGCCUUUUCAGAGAAAAUCAAAUUCCCGUCUUUUCUACGAACAGUGCAUUCCAACAAAGACACCAUAGAAGUGAUUGUGAAGAUCAUACUGCACUUCAACUGGCAAUGGAUCGCUUUCCUUAAUAGUGGGGAUGAUUAUGGCAAAGACGGCCUGGCAAUGUUCAUAGAGAGGAUAAAGGACACUGACAUCUGCCUGCCGGUCACCAAAGUGCUCAUCGACGACACAAAUUACUCCCAAAUGUUCAAACAGAUAGAGGCAGAGAGGAUAAAUGUCAUUGUGGUCUUUGCUCCUGAAAUGGAUGCUGAAGCUCUCAUUAUGGCAGCAGUACAACUCAAUGUCACCAAUAAGGUGUGGAUAGCAGGGGAUACCUGGUCCUUAAAUGAUAUGCUCCCCAGGGAGAAAGGAAUCAAAAAUAUUGGGACUGUGCUUGGAGUGUCUCAGUCCAUAGUGACAAUACCUGGCUUCAGUGAUUUUAUCUACUCUUCCAAAAGACAGACACAUUGUGGUAUUGCAAGACGGCAGACGUUUUGUAAUCAGGUUUGCAACUGCAGCAGCUUAAGUGCCGAGGAUCUCAUUUCUACGGACCCAUCAUUCUCUUUUCCUGUCUAUUCUGCCGUAUACGCUGUUGCUAAUGCCUUACACAACGUCUUACAAUGUGGAGCUGAUCAGUGUAAUGACAGCAUUACAGUCUACCCACACAUGGUUCUAGCAGAGCUGAAGAAGUGCAACUUCACAAUUUUGAAUCAAAGUAUUCAUUUUGAUGAGAACGGUGAGCCCAAGUUCGGAUCCUACUCUAUAGUUUUCUGGAACCCGAGUGGUGAAGCACAAAGGAUCGGCUAUUACAAUUUUCACCCAUCGGUCAAUUCUUUCAUCAACAGCUCCAAUAUUCAGUGGUACACAAAUGGAGAAAUGCCUACAUCACGGUGUUCGCCAGAAUGCACUGUAGGACAUGCAAAGCAUCAAGAUGGGAAGCACAAAUGCUGCUUCACUUGUGCAAUCUGUCCGACUGGAACUUAUGUCAACAGCACAGAGGAUCCCUACAAGUGCAUCAAGUGUGAGGAGACAGAAUGGUCUGCAGAGGGAAGUACAUCAUGCAGUGUGCGGUCGGUGGAGUACAUCCCAUUCACAGACAGUGGGGCUGUACUGAUCAUGCUCGGGGCCUGGGCCUUGGUGGGCAUCACACUGGCCACGUCUGUUCUCUUUGCCAUGAACUACAACACACCUGUUGUCAGAUCUGCUGGGGGACCGAUGUGCUUCCUGAUCUUAGGCUGCCUCAGCCUGUGUAGCCUCAGUGUGUUCUUCUACUUUGGUAAACCGACAGUCUCCUUUUGUGUCCUGAGGUUGUUACCGUUCGUUUUGUUCUACACUGUUUGUAUCGCAUGCUUUGUCGUGCGCUCCUUUCAAAUUGUUUGCAUUUUCAAAAUAGCUGCCAAGUUUCCCAAGCUCCACGGUUGGUGGAUGAAAUAUCACGGACAGUGGCUGGUCAUCUCUGUGGCGUUUGUUGCUCAGGCACUGUUUCUUAUCAUUGGCCAUUCUUUUGGACCCCCCAAGACCUACAGGGACACACUUUGGUACCCAGACAAAAUCAUACUUGGUUGUGAGGUGAAUCUGAAAGCAUUCUCUUGCUCUGUAAUGUUACUUUUAUGUCUUAGCUCCCUUUGCUUUAUUUUCUCCUACAUGGGAAAAGACCUCCCAAAAAAUUACAAUGAGGCCAAAGCGAUAACGUUCUGCCUGCUCCUGCUGAUCCUCACCUGGAUCAUCUUUGCCACUGUAUAUGUUCUUUACCAUGGCAAGUACAUCCAGACACUGAAUGCGUUGGCUGUUCUCUCCAGCCUCUACUCCUUUCUGUUGUGGUAUUUCCUGCCAAAAUGCUACAUCAUCAUUUUCCAACAUCACAAAAACACUCAGCAGUACUUCCAAGGUCUCAUUCAGAAUUAUACCAAGACAAUUAGCCAGUAGCUGACUCCAGUAAAUAUUUUAAGGAUUUUAGCUUUUAAGAAUAUGACGUGUGAUGUUAUUUUCAGGAGUAGGAAAAGUAUGUUUUAAAUUAUUUCUUAUUUAAGAUUGUUUCUUUUUUUAGGAAUGUAACCUAUAAACAAUGUCUUGAAAUGAGCUCAAAUAAGAUACAGAAACAUUGUGGCAAGAGGCACAGACUUUAGUCUCAGAGAUGACUGUUAAUAUGAGGAGUGGUCUUUAUGUAUCAUAUACUGUAAGGCUGAUACCUUAAAUUGUUAAUGGAGAAUGUAGAUUUCCUUGGAUAGCAGGGCUUAUUAUUUUGUGCAUUUUUUAAUGAUACCACUCAAUUGCGCAUGUCUCAUCAAAAAAAAAUUCACAAUUGUGGGAAAUGUUAAUUUUCUCUACUCUACAUUUAGUUAAUGUUUUUCUUCCUUUGGACAGAGUCCAGCUGUUUUCCUCCUGCCUCGAGUCUUUGUGAUUCUAUUGUAAUUCUAUGUAAUUGUUUGCUUACUUUACUUGCUUAAUUGAUCCAAAAAGAAAAGUAUGGUUAACUUC